GCAAACAAAGCGCUUGAAAAUGGAGAAGUGUGUUUUUAAUUGUUCAAUUAAUGUUAACAGUCAUCCGAACUUGAUUUUUUAUAUUUUGCUUCCUGAUCCAAAGAGAAGAAAAUCGGGGAUUUAUGCUUUAUAUAGAAUUGAUUCAUCUUGCAAAAACAAACUUUGGUUGCAAAACAUGUCUAAGUAUGCUCAAAACAUUUUGUAUCUGGAAAAAAAAGAACAUAGUCUAGAUGCUUUUCAAAAUUUUGAAAAGCAUGCUGACUAUGUUUCAUUUUCUUUAGUAGAGUUUCUGCUGUUGUCACUGGUUUUAGAGAGUACCUUCGUGAAUGAAGAUAAAAAGUCAUAUAUGUUAUUUUUUAAAAGUUAAGACAUAAUAUUGUUAAUCCUCAUACCAUUUACCAAAAAACUUUAUAAAUAUUGUUACGAUGUUAUAAUUCAAGUUGUUGUAAUUAGUAAUUUUGAUCAUUUCAUUAUUAAACUGUAAAAAAUAUUUUUUAUUUAUAACAUUUAUUUCACAUAUAUUAAAAACAUGAGGAAUAAAUAUUACACUGAGAAAAAUUUUAAGCAAAAUAUAGAAUUUUUAAAUGUUAUUAGAAUAUCAAUAUGUAAUAUUUUUGUUUUAUUUAUUGACUACAUCUGUAAACUGUGCAAUAAUUUCAUAAUGAUGAA